AUGUCAGAGAACACAUUUAACGAGUCUGUAACGAAUGCCACCCACGUGUUUUCUGGUCUGGACCUUCUAUUUCUUCUGAAACCCCUUUUCAUCCCUCUCUACGCACUACUGGUAACUGUGGCCUGUCUGGGCAACUCGGUCCUAAUCUUACUUAUCGCAUUUACUAAAAAGCUUCACAACACCACGAAUUUCCUGAUUGGGAACCUAGCUGCUGCUGAUUUGGUGAUGUGCAUAUUUUGUGUCCCACUAACUGCCUCCUAUGCAUUUGAGGUCCGUGGCUGGCUUUUUGGGAAAUUCAUGUGCCAUUUUGUCACAUUAAUGCAGGCGGCUACUGUCUUUGUUUCAGUCCUGUCGUUGACCGCUAUUGCAGUAGAUCGAUAUGUCGUAGUUGUCUACCCAAUCAGAAGAAGAAUAGACUGUAAAUCGUGUGUCUAUAUUGUCAUGGUGAUCUGGCUGGUGUCCAUCGGAGUCUCUAUGCCAACGUCCAUCCGCACUCAUUAUCUUGAUCUCAAGAAAAUUGGCCACGAUAUGGUUGUUUGUGAGGAAUUUUGGACGCACCAUGAGAAGGAGCGGCUCUUGUACUCUUGCACCAUGCUCCUCUUGUCCUACAUGCUCCCACUAUCUGCGGUCACCAUAUCUUACUGUGCCAUCGCUUUCCACCUGAGGAAAAGAAACGUUCCUGGCGCGGCGUCUCACAACCAAGACAAAUGGUUUAAGAAAAAGCAGAAAACGUUCCGCAUGCUCAUAAUCUCGGUCAUGGCUUUUGCCAUCUGCUGGCUUCCUCUUCAGGUGGUCAAUCUAAUCCGUGAUGUUGAUGAAGAUUUUACCAUUCUGGAUAAAUACUAUAUCAAUGUCAUCCAGGUGACAUGCCACCUAUUUGCCAUGAGCUCUGCAUGCUAUAACCCUUUCAUCUAUGCUUCGCUCCACGACAAGUUCCGCUUCCACCUGAGAAACUACUUCUACCACAAGAAACGAGCUGGCAUGAUGUCUAGCAAGAAUUCCAGACUCAACACCUGUUCCACAUUGGCUGAUGUUCCGGUGGUCCUUUCAGACAAGAUAACUCUGCAGGGCAGAUUUUCCUUCAAUUAG